UACUCAGAGUUUUUUUGUUUUUAUUAUCAAAAAUUAAAUAAACGUCAUUUUAGAUAAACGCUGCUGUGCUCCGGAAAAAUGCUUUAUCAUUUUAUAAACUAAAUUGAAAUUGAAAAUUUUGGAUUACAUCAUGUCGGAGGGGCAAACUCACGAAUACACUGUCGAAAUGACUUGCGAAGGAUGUUCGGGUGCAGUGCAAAGAGUUUUAGGAAAACUUGAAGGGAAAGGAGUCAGUAAGAUUGAUAUAGAUUUAAAAGGACAAAAUGUGAAAGUUACGUCGACCCUCGCUGCUGAUGAUAUAUUAGACAUUAUUAAAAAAACUGGCAAGAAGGUGGAGUAUGUCAAUUCAAAAUGAGCUGUUUAUGAUGGGGUGGUUUCGGGGAAAAGAUAAAUUGUUUUAAGCAACUAUUUAAAAAUUUAUUUAAAUUUAAUAAUACAUAUUGUCUUGUUGUACGGUAAUUGAAAAGAGGCUAUGUUUUCAUUAAGCAUUGUAAAUCGUAAAUUUUUGUUUUUGUACUCAAUACAUUUUAAUAAAAAUAUCGAAAAUUA